UCGUGACACUAUCCUCGGGUGCGCGGAUACGAUAGACGACCAUUUAUAUAAAAACAAUACAGAGAAAAAACAAACAGACAAAUAAAUAAUUAUAAUUAUACUUUUAUCAAGUCCCAUUUUCAUUUUAUUCGUAAACGGAUUAUAAAAAAAGCGAUUAAUAAAAUUAUCAUCCGAGACUACGUUGAUUGCAUUUGAACAAGAACAUUUUUUUAAAAGUCCGGUAUACGAAAACGUUAUAAAUAUACUACUAGACGAAGACGGAAGAGAAGGAGGUGCAGGAUAUAAAGAAAAGGGAAAAAACCGAAGCGGAUUCGCGAUCCGCGAUUUGUUUCGCGUAAAAAACUUUUCUCGGAGCGAGAGGAAUAAUCGUACGAGAGAAAAGAGACAGAAAAAACGAGAAAUCGAGGGAGACCCAGAAAGAAGGCCCGUGUGUGGUGGGCCUUAGGAGGUUAGGAGGUCCCACCGAUGCAGAGAUAUUGCACCGAGCUCACCGAAAGAUUGUUGAAAUCCCUUGACAAGGAGUACAAUGUUGUCGACAUGGGAGCUGUUGUGGAUGUCAUCACGGCCCUGGAGAAGACGACGAUCACCAAAGAGGUGCUUGAGAUCACAAGACUCGGCAAAUACAUCAACGAGCUUCGUCGGAAAACAACCAACGAUGCAUUGGCUAAACGGGCUAAGGACCUCGUGCGCAGAUGGAGAGAUAUGGUACUGCCUUCGUCUCAUCCAACACCUCAGCCAACACCAGCCGACACAGCUCCCCAGGCCCUCAAUGGAACAAAACCUCAGAGCCCGGCUUUACGGGGUCUCAAACCUCACAGUCCUGCCACAAUUCGUACUCUCAAGCCUCACAGUCCUGCUCUCAAAGCUUGUCUCAAACCUCAAAGUCCCCUAUUGCGGGAUUCCACACCUCUCAAACAGGUGCUGAGUCCGGCGGCGUUAUCGUUGCACAGCGAAAAGUCACGUUCCCCGAAUGCGGCAUCGACGAAGCAUCUUCAGCAGCAGGGUUCCUUGUCACAUGUAGCACCGACGACGACAACGGCAAGCCCGGCGAAUAAUCGUUUGAACACAGACGUAACGUCGAAGCUUGGUUCAAUAUCGACGCAUAAUCACACUUUUGAUGCGGUUCCCCGUACUCACAGUUCUAACAAGCGUCUGCGAAAAGAAGAUUCGAGCGAUACAAAUUCACCGAUAACACCACCCCUAGCAAGUGCCCUGACCUCGUCAUCGUCCUCGAUGCCCCCGUCAACGGCCUCUGUCAACAGGCCACUGAUUGCAUCGUCAAUGAACGAGAGCCAUGCAUCAUCGCGUUUCGAGCCACCGAUCAAACGAGCACGGCUGAACGGUGAAACCUCGAAUUAUUCAAAUUUUCCUUAUCACACGACAGAUACAAGCAACAACAAUGUCGUAUCGUCGCGAAGUACAAGCAGCAGCGGGAGUAUAGCGAACGUAUCCUCAAUGCCAAAUCAGAAAGUGCCUAGUCCUCGUGAAACGGAAAAAACGAACGAUCGUUUGUCCGACGUGAUAUCGUGCAAGAUCGAAGCUCCACGGGAGACGACGAACAACGCGGUGGAAGUGGCGGCAACGACGCCGGCGCAAACUCCACCGGGCCCAAAAAAGCGUGGUCGUAAAAAAGGUAGCAAGUCUGUAAAAAAUCAGGCACUACCGGAGGAUCGGGUGAAAGAAAAACUUGCCUCGAUAUCACGUAAUCCGAAGCUGAAAACGACUCAGGAAUUACUCGCUGAUUUGCAAGCGCGAGGUUCAACGACGAGCACGAAUUUUCCGUCAGGCAAUACGACGAGCGGGUCGUACGAAACAAUAACAGCGACUACGACGACCGCCUCAACGACGACUGGUAUCAGCAAUAUAUCGAAUCGCAAGAGCGAGACUUCCAACAUCGAUGAUUCACUCCACAGCGCUACGAACGACGAGCGUUCGUUGUCGUCGUCGCGUUUCAAUCGCGCCAAGCGCGAUAAAACGAAUCUCAGUGUCGGAGAAAAAAGAAAAAAUCGCGACAAUAAAAACAGCGGAAAUAAACACCGUGCGUGGGACAGUUCAAAAAAGUCCGACGACGAUGAGGACGAUGAGGACGAGGAUGAGUCGGAACGCGAAGAGAUUUACGCCGAUAACCCUCGGACGAGGGAACUAACCGUCGAGGAAAUACUCGCCAAACUUCCCCCUCUCGAUCGUGAUGCCAUAACUUGGAGCGAUUGCGACGACAUGGACGGCGACACGAGGAUCGAUGACGAAGAAUACGACGAUCUAACGAAGCAGAAGAGAGAAAUCACCGACAAAGAUGUCGAGAGAUUGCACGAGGAGUGCAUCGAAGGCUUGAACGGUAAUUUUCAAUCCAAAAUUCACGAUACCAAGAUCGGAGAGGAUACGGUCGAUAUCGUGCGAAAUAACGACAUCGACAUCAUUGAUGAGAUCAAAAGCAAAACCAUUUACAGGAGGUUAGGGGGAAAAGAAAACGAUCGAGAGUUUCGCGAGUGGCACGAAAUGCUCGCUAGACCGAGCUACGAAGGACAGACUCUCCACAUAUUGCCUUAUGUUAUCAUCGAUUAACGAGUUAUGCGGUUCUCCAUUUUUAUCUUCUGUCUAUAUCACUUUUCUUCCUUUUCUUCUCCAACGUGACUUUCGUUUUUCUCAUUUUCUCUUCGAAAAACUCGUAAUGUGGAAUUAUUUUUGUCGUUAGUUCUCGCUCGCCCCCUCUUUAUCCUUCUCACCUAAAUCGAUUAAUCUCGGGUAAUGAGAUUAUCCAAAAAUAUCAUUUGUGCGAAUUUUACAAAAGAUUCUUCAUUCUGAUAUGGAGUGGUUCAAAGGACGUUGAGGAAAAAUUAUUAGCCUCCGAAACCACUUGAAAUAUCACGAGAAGAGAGACCGUGGGAUUUCAUCGGAAACUUUUCGUUUCCUAUUGCUAGAACACGUGGCUGAAAAUGACGAUUGAUAUGUCAUUUUCUAUGUUUUGUUGUUUUUUCUUUUUUUUUUUUAUCAGUUCGAAAUGAUUCAAAAUUUGUGGCAAUAAUGGGAAAAAAAAGGUUGGUGGAAAAAAGAAAUAUGUACGCAUUGAAAUUUUUUCAAAGAUUUACUUCGUAACGGGAAAGAAAUGAAAGGGCACGUGAAUUCAGUCCGAAAAUCUUAACACAUUUUUUUUGGUCAUUCAUUUUUUUCGUUAAUUGUCUGUAUGACUCAAUUCAACCGCGCAUGUAAAUAAUAGUGAACGCGCAGGGCACAUCGGAUUAAGACUCGUUUCGUUGUCGUUUCAACGAGUGUAUGGCGAAAGGAAAUGAGAGGCGCGAUCGAAGUGUGAAAAUCAAAUGAUAUAAAAAUGAAGAGAAGAAUAGAGGGGGAAGCGAGUCUCCUCGCGAUAACGUUAGUAUAUAAAUCUAUUUGUGAAUAAAUUCUCAAAGCUUUUUUUUGUUUCUUUUUUUUUUAAUUAUAAAUACAAUGUAAAAACGAAAAGAAGGAAAAAAAGCGAUAUAAAAAUACCGCGGAGAAUACUUGAGAGCUUCAUCGUUUCGAUGAAAUUUCAUUUUCUUUACGAAACAGAGAAAACGGGUUCCGUGCAGCUGCCUCUUUUUUUAUACGCGUGGUGCCUUCGAUAUUUGCUUUUUCAUUAAAAUCAAUUCAACUUGAACCGAUCGCUCGUCAAUCUUAAGCACGAGACCGAAUUCCGUGAAUGGAAAUUUUGUUUAACAUCGAUCAUCUCACUUUUUUUCACUCGUUUUCCCUCUUAUCAAUGAAUUUGUUAUUUUUUAUUUCAUAAAAGAAGUCACACGAUAUAUUCAGGGUUUGGCUCGUUCGUCACACUUUGCCUGAUUACUGCCACUUUAUUUGCGUUAUUGUUUUGAAAAAAGUGUACAGGCCACAUUUCUCCUCGAGUUGCCAAAACAGACCGACCAAUUUUAAAAUAGAUUUUUCGUUUCCUCGCAUAAUCUCGUACGCAUGUGUAUGAAAUAUCAAACUCAUUUCCGAAUUAACUAAAGACUGAAAUGAACAGAAGAGACUCGUGAAUUUCCUACGAUUUAAAGGUAUAAGGAGAAAAAUAACUCGAAUCAUCAGUUUUUCAUGCAGCAUCUUCAUUGUACUCAAUAAUAUUUUUCUUUUUUUCCAAUUUUUCGAACGUUGAAUAAUGUUUCAUCCUCUGUUACCGCUUGCACAGCGUAGCAGGUAUUUCAGAAUUGAAAAUGCAAUGUGAUCUCGAAAAAAAAAAUAUUCCGAAAUCGUUUAUUUAGAGACUUGCAUAAAAAUUACAAACGGAAUGAAAGUUUUUUAUCGGCAAAAAAAAGCAUACCUAUCUCUGCAUGAAGCCCAAAUGAAUAUUCUCCGCGGUCGUUGUUUUCUUUUUGCCAAACAGCCGGAAGUGUAUUAAAAAAACGUUGCGUUGAUUUAUUAUUAUUAAUAUUAUUAUCAUUAAUAUUAUUAGUUAUUAUUAUUAUGUUGAUGAUUGGUACGAUAAAAACUGUGUGUACCGUGCUUUUUUUUUCUCUCUAAACACGACGAGACAAAGGAUGCGCAUGUAAACUCCGAUCUGCAUUAUAUAUUCUCUGAGACUCGUGAAAGCAAAACUAAUAAUCUUUCUCUCGUUCGAGGUGAAUAUUUGUAUAUGUAAACCGAGAAGCUCUCGAACUCGGAAAAAUAAACCCGUGCCUUUUGUGCCUCUAAACAUUUAAUUACGAUUUUGGCAACAAAGGAGAGAUAUAGAAGGGUGUAUGCGUGUAUAUGUGUGUGUAUGCGUGUUUAAGAAAUUGUGAGCGUUGUGUUGAAAACGAAUAAAGACCAAAUUAGUUGAAGAGGGAAGGAGAGAAAAAAGGAUGGUGAGAAAAUGUCCGGAACACUGAAUACAUAUUCAAAGAAAAAAAAGGAAGGAACAAAAAGUGUGCGCGAUGCGGGAGAGAAUGAGAUUAUCAUGUGUGACAGAGGGAAAAAGGAGCUGCUGUAACAACUGUAAGAAAAAAAAAAAAAAACUGCUAGGUUGAAGGAAAUCGUAAACUUUGUAGUUGUACUUUUUUGUUUCACAAAACGUUUCGCGAGACUACAAUUCCAUUCAAUAAAUGGAUCAUCGCUGGAUCAAGAUA